UUUUUAGUAUUAUUAUUAUUAUCAUCAAAUUUGUAUUCUAUGGUAUGACAAGUAUUCCUUUUAGAUUCAUCACACGAGUCGUACCAGGUCAUAAGCUAACUGGUCAUCAUUCAAAGGAUCUUGCAAGAAAGUAACCAUAUGUCUCCAUAAAUCUUUUUUAUUUCGUUUGGCUAGCAUGCCAAGAAAGCGACCUCCGGGAAAGAUGAUGUUGCAGUCCGUACUGCUGGUUAUUUUCUCACAAUCCUCUGUCCGUCUUUUCACGUGUAGUCUGAUUCGAAGCGAAGAAGCCGAUUUCAGGCUAAGAUUUAUGAAAAUAUACUCUUCUAUCAGACAUUUUCGAGAUAUUUUUCGGCUGAGUAGGCGCGAUUGUUCGUAAAAUGCUUUCUAGACGCGUCUUAAACGCAGUAUGUGCCUGGACAUAACCCGUGCAAGCUUUCAGUCACCUCAAUACCCUUCAUGCUGCUUCUCAGUACCGUGAGUCACUCGUAAGCUCAUCCAUAGGCUUAUAUUUUUUAAAUAAACAACCUUUACAAAAUUUCAACGAAACAUUGGCUGUGUCGAAGCGCUUCAUGGCACAAGUCAGCAAAAGGAGUAUCAUGAUUUCACCUCAAUUCAUAUUUCGUGAUCAAGCGGCCAACAUCAAAGUUACGUAUGUCACGUCCUCUGAGCCACAAAAUGCAAAUUUUGGAGAACGUGGUAUUGAUUAAUAUAAUCUCGUGACUGAAUCUGAAUUUAUUUACACAGAGCCGUGUAGUUGACAACUUCAUUUAUUCCGGGGAAGCGUGGGAUAACGAGAAAUGAUAGCAUUAAAACUAUUGUAGGAAUAAAAAUGGCGUUUAAAGAAUCACAGAUAUUUGCUGUUACAGAAAAUAAGUACAAUAUAGUGUCCAAAAAAAAAAAAACGAAACGAAACGCUGAUUAACGAAGAUAUUGCCCUUAGUUCCUUUGAAUGUCACUCUGUUAACAUAAGAAAUACUUUAAGAGUGAAGAAUAGUGUAAUCCUAAUGAAAUUAUUUUACUUUUUAGGCCAGGAAAGCUAUGAUCACUGUUGCGUGCAAGAGUGACUCUUUUUAAGUGGAUUCAUCUUUUGAAUCACGCUGAAAGUCACGCGCUCGUCACAGCGGAAAAUGUCACAAAGACACGAGCCGUUUUCGAACAAUUUUUAUUAACUUUCUUGUCAAACUUAUUUUUAUCUGAACUCUUUUUAAAAGUAUAGGUUAAAAAUCAGGGAAAUUAGUAGAGUAUUAAGACACGUAAUGAAAUAAACGCGAAAGCAGUUUCGUGAUGAAAAAUCGUGUCGGUUUCGUGAGAAUCUUAGUCAAACAUCACAAUUUUGAAAGGAUUUCUUUUAUAUGUAAAUUAGUCUUUUACCUUAAAUAUAUGGCUCUAAGCAAUAAAAUUGUCAGUUUACCUCACGCAUGAGCGAGUCAACCUCGUCCGACUUCUUGCAUCGACUUCCGAAAAAACCAUGGAACAAAAGUUGACGCUCCCGACGAUAAUUUCCCUCAAUGUUGGCGGACAUUUCUUCACCACUCGCCUCUCCACGCUUUUGAAAGACGAAGAUUCCAUGUUAGCUGCAAUGUUCAGUGGGCGAUACAAACUUGAAUUGGACAAAGAAGGAAGAUAUUUUAUUGAUCGCGAUGGAAAAUACUUUGGUUAUAUCUUAAAUUACUUGCGUGACGCGUCACUUCCAAAACACUGCGUUGCGCUACAAGUGUAUCGCGAGGCGGACUAUUUCCAGUUAGAGCAACUUAUUCGUGAGCUUGCAUCCUAUCCAUCUGUGAUCCCACAUAUUGCAAUAGAGGAACAAAAAAGAGACUUAGCAGAAAGUUAUCACCACUGGAAAAGCGUCCUUUUAGAAACUACGCGACGAAAAUUUCACAAAUUUGUCAAAUUCGUCGUUGGUCGUGAUUGCGUGAUAACUGUCACGCGAUACGCUUCUGAAAAGGAUUACAACCUUAGUGAAGAUACCUGCAGAAGUUUUAUCUCACUUAGUGAUGGUAAUGAAAAUUGUCAAAGCCAUCAGUUCUUUAGCGUGAACGACUCUGGAGAGAAAUUAGAGUAUUACAUCGGUUCCCAUCUUCCAUCGAUUGAUUUUAUUGUUCCGAAUGAGGAUAUUCCAGACUGUCAUCAGUUCACGUCACUGGUUGAAAAAGAUCUGCGCCUAGAAGGGUUCUGUGUCAGCGGAAGUUUGACGCAUGCGUGGAAGUGUGGUCUGUGUGAUAUGACAGGAACUCUUCACCAGUUAGCUUUCAUGUGGGUUCUUCCAUAUCCAAACACGAAUAGCGAGGAAAUAAUGAAGAAGUUUUAAAGAAUAUUUAUCUAUAAUAACUUUAAGAACAACAUUUUAAGUUUUGCAAACAAGAACGUCGUCAGAGCACUAGACCAUAUUACUUUUGGUGAUUUUGGUGACUAGUAUAGAAAGUUUUGAAAGCUUCUUUGUAUAAAUUUGCAAGUUGUAAUUUGAAUAUUUUGAUAUAAGCUUUAAAUCUCCGACCUAAACAAUGUUAGCAAUUCUCAAAAAAAUCUAGCAAGACUUAUAUUCCCGGACCAAUUUUCUGUUGCAAGUGGGGACCGCAUCCCUGUCCCCGCAGCUGGUGCCGAACGCGCUCAAACUUGCCCGGACUGUUGUUCAACCAGAGGUGAAAACCAUGUUUCUCCAGGUAGGGGUCGGGUUAUUGGAAUGAUGUGGAAAAAUAUCUGAAUCUUCGAAAUAUUCUUCAAUAUAAAGCGAAAUUAAAGUUGAUAAGUUGUGUUUGCA